CGUCCGUGUCAUGGCUGCCUCCACGCUGGUGUCGGCGUGGGGCCCGCUACGGCCCGGCGUCCCCGGCCUGUGCCGCCGCCGGCCGCCCAGGGGCCUGUGGGCGCACGCACGGCGGCUCCCGGAGCUCGCGGGGUCCGGGCGGAGCGUGGCCGCGGUCAGCGGACCUGGCGCCUCGGGCACUGACCGCUACUGCUUGGAGCUGCUGCGGAAACGAGAUUAUGAAGGCUAUUUAUGCUCCCUGCUACUCCCUGCAGAAUCCAGAAGCUCUGCUUUUGCACUGAGAGCUUUCAAUGUGGAACUGGCUCAGGUUAAGGACUCCGUCUCUGAGAAAACAAUUGGACUGAUGAGAAUGCAGUUUUGGAAAAAAACUGUGGAUGAUGUAUACUGUGACAGUCCACCACAUCAGCCUGUGGCCAUUGAACUAUGGAAGGCUGUUAAAAGACAUAAUCUGACUAAAAGAUGGCUUAUGAAAAUCAUUGAUGAAAGAGAAAAAAAUUUGGAUGACAAAGCAUAUCGUAACAUCCAGGAACUGGAAAAUUAUGCUGAAAACACACAGAGCUCUCUUCUUUAUCUAACACUAGAAAUAUUGGGUAUAAAGGAUCUUCAUGCAGAUCAUGCCGCAAGUCACAUUGGAAAAGCACAAGGCAUUGUAACUUGCUUGAGAGCAACGCCGUAUCAUGGUAGUAGAAGAAGAGUAUUCCUUCCCAUGGAUAUUUGUAUGCUGCAUGGUGUUUCACAAGAGGAUUUUCUACGGAAGAGCCAAGAUAAAAAUGUGAGAGAUGUGGUAUAUGACAUGGCCAGCCAGGCACACUUGCACCUAAAGCAUGCUAGGUCCUUCCACAAAAGUGUUCCUGUGAAAGCAUUUCCUGCUUUCCUUCAGACAGUUGCUCUGGAGGACUAUUUAAAGAAAAUUCAACAAGUGGAUUUUGAUAUAUUCCACCCAUCUUUACAGCAGAAGAAUACUUUACUUCCAUUAUCUUUGUAUAUUCAGUCAUGGAGAAAAAGAUAUUAAAAUAAUUUCGUGGCACUGAUAUUUACUUUUAUUAGUUUUACAAAAGUGUACUAGUUUAGGGUUCUUGUUUACAAACAACAGGAACUGUUUACCUAAGGAGAACAUUCACUUAUUGGAUGAGUGUGUAGGUCACAGAAUUAAUGAGAAGUUGCUGUGGGGCCGUGAUGCCCAGAUUCUGCUGCAGGCACCGCCCUUGUCACCAGCAGCCCAGACAGUGUCUGCUGUGCCAUCCCUGCAGAGUCCGAGCCCCAGGAGGGAGCAUCGUUUUAGCUGUGCUUAGGCUGCAGGCCAUGCUUCAGCCACCAGAGGGCAGGGGGAAGCACGUCUCCUCCUGUCCUCACCCUUAGAGAAGAAUGGGGAAGGGGCUCAGGAAGUACUGGGUUUGCAUUCUGAGCAGCCAAAACCCAGGCGUCCAGGACAGCUGGGAAAUGCAUUUAUUUAGGGAUCAUGAAGAGUGAAGUUUAUAUCUGAGGAGUGUCAGUCGCUAUGUUGAGGGCCUUAUAUCUCUAACAUUUAAUCUUUACCACCCUGUGAAAAUUUGACCAUGAUGAUAAAAUAACUUCUUUCAAGAGCUCGAACCCUAAUUUGACUUUACAUCUGGCUGAUUUGAAGGCUUUUACUUCUUUGUUUACCCUUUUGUUUCACUCUCUAUUAUUGAGCAUUAUCAUCAUGAACAAAACUGUAUUAACAAAAUGUGUAUUAAUGUAAAUUAACAAAAUUGUAUUGAACAUUCAUUAAGGGGAUACUACAUUUUUAAAAAUUACUAUACUAGUUGAGCUUCCCACUAAAAAGCUCUGUGCUGUAUACUUUCCAGUGUUCUCAUCUGAUCUUCAAAACUGAAGCAAGGAACAUUUUUGGUAAUUAAAAAUUUUUAAUUAAACAUACUAAUUGCAAAAACCAAAAUUGUUUACAUUGCUGGUAGUUGGCAGAUCUGGACUCUGGAUGAGUCUCUGACUCCUAAAACCAGAAUUAUGCCCUAGUUUCCUUUUCCUUUCUUUUUUUAGUGGUCUUGUUUCCUGCCCACUCCCACCUCUGUUGUACCAUUUCUCUAUGCCAUCUCAAAUCUUUGGUUUCAGUUAUGAAUUAGUGCCUACUUCAAUUGUGAAUUAAUGAUGGCUUAAAGUAUUACAGUUUUGCAAAUAAAAUUCAAAUGGAGAGCUGCUUGAGGGCAAGAAUAGAUUGUUUUAUUCAUCUUGGGAUCCCCCAGCACCUCGUAUGGCUUCUGAUUUAGAGCAAGUGGAGAUUAAUAAAUGUAUAAAUGAAUGAA